CAGUCUUUAGACCACCUAAAAGAGGAGAUUGCGAAUCAUUCACCUGCUGGAAGCCAUUUUCUAACCUGUUUCGGCUCUGUGUUUUAAUUUGGUGUACAAUUUCGACAACAAAUUAGUGCAAUCGAUUGAAUUGUCCUUUUUUUGUUCUAUUUAUUGUAAAGUUUUCGACAUUUGUUAAGAACUUUAUUUUUUUUACACAGAGAAGACGUUUCAUUUAAAGCAAAUAAAAAUGGCAGAACAAGCAAAGACAGACAUGAAACACAUCCUGCAACUGACGAAGGAAGCACGGCGAAUCUUUCUCAACUCGUUCGAUACCCUCAUGUCGGACUGUGAUGGGGUCCUGUGGAACUUUACCGGCCCCAUACCCGGAGUCGAUAAAGCGCUACAGCUGUUGCGUGCCGACGGUAAGAAGCUGGCCUUCAUCUCCAACAAUGGCAUGCGUACGAUGGACGAGUAUCAGAAAAAGUUUCACUCGCUCGGUAUCGAUGCGCACGAGGAGGAAAUAGUGCAUCCCGCCCUAACAACGGUUCAUUACCUGAAAUCGAUCCAUAUGCGGGACGCUGUCUACUGCAUCGGGACCGAAGUUUUCAAGGACUAUCUACGAACGGCAGGCUUUAAAGUGCUGGAUGGGCCCAAGGAACGAUUCCCGGAUAGUCGUGAGGCGAACCAGGUGCGCGUGUACACGGAUUACUUUGAGCAGCGCGGCACUAAGGUCGGUGCCGUCGUGAUCGACAUCGAUGUGAACCUUUCGCUGCAGAACCUAAUGAAGGCAAAGUGUUACCUGGAACGUGAUCCGAACUGCGUCUUCAUUGCCGGAGCAACCGACUACAUCAUACCGCUCGAUUCGAGCAUGGAUGUUAUCGGUCCGGGAUACUUUAUCGAUAUUCUGGAGCGCUCGACUGGGCGAAAAGCACUCAUUCUUGGCAAACCGGGAAAAGCACUGGCACAAGUGGUUCUAAAGCAGUUCCAAAUUACUGAUCCGAAGCGGGUGCUGUUUGUGGGUGAUAUGAUGCCACAAGACAUGGGAUUCGGUACACGGUGCGGUUUCCAGAAGCUGCUCAUGCUGAGCGGUGGCACCCCGAAGGAUGUAUUACUAACACAGGACGAUCCCGAUCUGCUGCCGAACUAUUACGCAGACAGUUUUGCCGAUUUCAUUCAGCUGUACAAUGAAAACAUGCACGUUGAAGAAUAGCAGUGGAGUUCGGUAUAAAUUUAAUAACAAUCACCUGGCUUUAUCAUCUUGACAUAUGUAAAACAUACCUGUAUUUAGCAUUUAAUGACCCACCAAAUAAACAAAAAAUCCGACGUAUCAAAUGCAACAA